UGUUUACGGAAGUGUUAUUCUGAAAUUAGUGGGUCAUUUGUUGGGGUACGCUUAGUGAACACCUGGGACCAAGAUCGCCGCGUUAAUUUUCAGAGACAAAAUGGCUGCACAUUUCAGUGCAAAUCAGUACGAGCAAGCAUUUGAUAGCAAGAGACUGCAAAACUGGCAACUCCCACACACAUAUAAAGAGAGACCGUCAUGCUAUGAGGGCUUCACGCAGAUCAUUGCCAAUGACCGUGGUCACCUGCUGGGUGGGGUGCCCAGGUCCCAAGAAAACCCCUGGGGCAAGUUCGUUGGGACGUGGGACAUGCCACUCAAGAUUCCCGGCAAUGUGACUACCUUCAUGGCCCGCUCCGACCCGGCUGCCAAGACCAUUGUCAAGGGAAGGCUGGAGCAUGAGGAGUUUAUGAGGCAGGCAGCUGGCUCGCCAGUCAAGGAAACCCAAAAGGCACCCAGUCCCCGGAAGGCGAGCCCCACAAAAGCCUCUCCCACUCCGCCCAAAACCCCGCCCUCUAAAUCGCCACAGGAGAGGCCCCACAGACCAUCCCCGCCGGAAAACGUGGACAAUGCAUCCCCCUCCCAACAGCAAGCCUCCCGGUCUCCAGAACCCGUUUCAAAAUCGCCGCAGCCAGAAACAAAUUAAAUCCAGAAAAACCCUCUAUAGCAUACUCGUAACUUGAAUUAUAUCGCAAGAAAAAAAAUACAUGUACAUUAUCAUAGAAAUAGAAUAGGAUUUUUUUUCAGACCAGUUCUGUUGCAUUUCUGGUGUAAAGGCUUUGCUCCUAUUAGAGCAUCAGAAAGUGAAUGAAUCUGAACAGGGAUGAAGCUCGUUAGUAGCCGGCAAAGUUCAAACAGUGCCUCUCCUGAAAUCUUCCAAUUUUUAUGCACAACCAGAAAAUGUGGCAUAAAUUAGUCAUCUUGCCCCAUUUGAAAUGCCCGAGGACUGUUUCAAAUUUUACAUUGCACACAUUCCAUUCCAUACAGUCAUACAUUCGAAUCUGUUUUGAGACUUCAAGUGUGUUUUUUUAUCUACAACUGAUUGACCACCUUUUUGCCACGGUGACCUGAUCGCCAUAAUGCCAUUGUUAUGUUCCCUAUUCUGCUUCAGAAUUUGGCUAAAGCAAGAGUUGUAGCCCGGUCAAUCAACAAAUCAAUCAUACAUAACAAUGCCAAAGGAUGAACAGAAGUGUACUUGUCAGAGUUUGUUUGAGAAGUACUGUGCGUGACUUGACAGAAGACUGCCUGACUUGUGUAUGAUUAGCAUUUGAUUGAUUUUGGUUAACACUUGAUUGCAACCUUUUUUGGAAACCUGGUUUCUUGAUUUCAGAUAUCUUUUAUUGUUUAAUUUAAAAUCAAUAACUACAUAUCAGUCUUAACAUUCUGAUCAGUCAACUGCUUUAUAACCAGAGGUUCCUUUCCCCUGCAUUAGACUUUUAGAUUUGAUCAAGAAUACAAGAACUACAGAACAAGACCAAACAAAUGGCAUUAUUUUCUCCACAAAAAUGAGCUUUUCACAAAUAUGGCCUGGUUACCUACGUCUCUACACUGUGCACAUGUAACGAACUUCAUAUUUAAUAUGUAUUAUUUUUGUAAUUCCUUUUGUAGCACGUUCUAAAAGAUGCCGAGUUCAGUGGUGUACAGUGUUCAUAUCUAUCUUAGUUACGUUGGCUUUGAAAACUAUGAAUGGAAUGUUCUAGAUGUAAAGAUCGGUUCAUCUUACUACGUUCUUCAAUUUUGGAUUUUGCCCUGCCCGACGUGUAUUUCACACUGUUUGCUCAGUGUUUGCCCCCGAGGGCUUGUGGGAAAAAAUCCACAAGCGUACUUGGGUGGAACUCGAACCCAGAGGGCUUGUGGGAAACAACCUACAAGCGGACCUGGGUGGGACUUGAACCCAGAGGGCUUGUGGGAAAAAACCCACAAGCAUACUUGGGUGGGACUCGAACCCAUGACCUCCUGCUCCUACUACGUUCUUUCAAAUUGAAUGGGACAGGAGAAAACUGAGUGAAAUACAGGAAUAAGUGGAUACAUUGUAGUGCAAAACCUGAAUUCAGAAAAUUCUCUGUCAGUUAAAUGGAGCAUUUCAUGUAAAUAAAGUGUGUACUACUAAUGUCAUAUUCUUUACAAGUAUCCAUUGGA